UCCAGAGCCAGUGCUUAAGACAAGAGCUAUGAUCAGAGUGGUUCUUGCUCUCCAGUGAAUUGAGGAAUCUGCUGUACCAGGUAUCUAAAGACUAUGUCUCUGCUCCUGAGUAGUAACAGCACAUACAAGCCAGAUGAUGGUGCCACACUACAGUACGCACCAGAAAUCAUUGGUUCCUUAAUUAUCUUCAUUCUCACCUUUAUCCUGGGCCUCCUGGGCAAUGGCUUGGUGAUCUGGGUGGCUGGCCUGAAAAUGAAGCGGACCGUGAACACUGUGUGGUUCCUGCACCUUGCCAUCGCUGACUUCCUGUGCUGCGUGUCUCUGCCAUUCUCCAUCAUUCACCUGAUCCUUCAUGAGUACUGGCCAUAUGGCCACUUCCUCUGCAAGGUUAUCCCAUCAGCCAUCAUCCUCAACAUGUUUGCCAGUGUCUUCCUCCUCACUGCCAUCAGCAUUGACCGGUGCCUGAUGGUGAUGAAGCCAGUUUGGUGUCAGAACCACCGUAACGUGAGGCUUGCAACAGCGAUGUGCUGCUGUAUCUGGCUCUUGGCCUUCAUUAUGUGUUGUCCUGCCUUCCUCUACCGUGAGACCUUCAAAGAUGAAUUUGGCAAAACUGUUUGUAAUUAUCAAUUUGGAGAUGAUAAGGAUUAUGAAGAUUAUAUAGAUUAUGGGAAUUAUUCAGCCAUGAGCUUUGGCAUAACCCGAUAUCCUGGUGGUUUCUCCAGCACUGAUAUUCCUGGCACCCUGUACAAUGAUACUAUCUUAUUGGGGAACUUGAAUGAUUACAUCUCCUACAGCAGUCAGCCAACCACCUUACUGGCCAUAAAUAUUACCAGGAUUGUCUUUGGCUUCCUUCUUCCCUUUAGCAUAAUGGCAGCUUGCUACAUCCUUAUAGUCAUCAAGAUGCAUGGAGCCCGAUUUACCAAACCCCGUGGUAAGACCCUACGAGUGAUCCUGGUUGUGGUGGUUGCCUUCUUUGUCUGUUGGGCUCCAUUCCAUGUAGUUGGGGUACUGUCUCUCCUAGCUAUGCCAGGCACUGGAUUUAGGGAGGCAGUAGCACUGUGGGACCACCUCUCUAUAGCACUGGCCUAUGCAAACAGCUGCAUCAACCCUUUGCUCUACGUAUUUGUGGGGCGGGACUUCAGGCAGAAGGCACGUCAAUCAGUACAGGGCAUCUUGGAGGGUGCCUUCAGCGAGGAAGUUACACGCUCCACUUCCUACUCACGGGACAGGACCAAGACUUCAGCAGACAGGGAUUUCAGCAGCAACACCCUCUAAAACGGGGCUUCUAGACAGCAUUCCCAGGGCGGGGGCGGAGGGACACAUUUGCAGUUUCUAUGGCAGUGACUUUUUGCUUUAGGACAGCAGAGCCAGAACAAUGAGUUUGACUAUAAGCUGUAUGAGAUGCCCAUGGGGACUGGGGCAGUUCCGAGAAGGCCAACCUCCCAUUGAAUAGCCUCCUGAAGAGAGGAGUUAGACAUGCCAAAAACAGGAAUCUUCUGAUGAGACAUACAAGGGAGACAGAGAGCCCCUAU